AUGUCGUGCGCCUACCUGUCCGCGGCGUCGCGGGGGCUGCGUUCUCCGGGGGCCCCCGGGCCGUUCCCGCGCGUGGGUCUCGCGCUGGCGCCGCGGGGGCCCCCCGGGGCCCCCGGGGACGAAGCCAGGUCCAGCAGCACCCUGAGGCCCCGGGAAAAGAGAACGCUGUGGGUGGGGGACCUGGACCGGGCGGGGGCCCUUGUGGACGAGGGUUACGUGCGGCAGCAAAUGUUUUGGGAGUUUUUAAACUCUGUUUUAGCGGUUAGGGUUUGCAGAGACCGCAGCAGCAGACAGCCAAGUUUUGCUUUUGUGGAGUUUAACUCCCAAACCCUAGCUCAGUAUAUUCUCGAGCACAUGAACGGCAAGUACGUCCCCGGCAAGCAGCACAAGUACCGCCUCAACUGGGCCUCCUUCAACCUCUCCGACAGCCCCCAGCAGCAGCAGCAGCAGCAGCAGCAGCAGCAGCAGCAGCAGCAGCAGCAGCAGCAGUACGGCUUGCAGCAGCGCGGGGUCUAUGCGAGGCCGCCCCAGCUUCACAGGCCGCCAAACGCACUACAGCUGGACCCAGAGGCAGGUACACUCUUCGAAGUGCGCACGGCAGAGGGUUUAGGGUUUAGGGUUUAG